AGCAGUGUGCACGGGGGCGCGCUUGCCUGCGUCUUGCUGCGAUACGUUCACGCCGGAGUGCGCGCUGCCGCCCCCGCCAGCCGACAGGCGGAGAGAGAGGGAGAGAGGGGCCCCGGGGGCGAGCAUGUCCCUGGCCGCCGCCGCUGCCGCCGCCAGAGCCAGGAAAGUGAAAAUGGCCACCAAGUCCUGCCCGCAGUGCGACCAACAGGUUCCUGUUGCAUGCAAGUCAUGUCCUUGUGGUUACAUAUUUAUCAGCCGGAAACUUCUGCACGCAAGACAGACUGAGAGAUUAACGCCCACCUCAGAAAACCGCUCCGAUCCCAAAAGACGGAGAACAGAGAGAAUUAAGAGAGAGCGGAUCAUCUCCACGGUCAGCAAGGACUUGGAGAACAGACGGAGGUCCCGGUCUAACAGCCAGUCAGACUCGACACGCCGUGGCAGGGGGCGGCCAAAGACCGCAGCCACCAAGAGGCAAGAAGAGGAAAAAGCAGCGAGGAGCUUCAAGGACACUGGAUUUGAUGGGCCAGCGUCAAGAAACAGCGAGGAAACCAGAGGGCAGCGCGGGGACCGCGGCAGCAGGAGGCAGCUGUGGAUAGGAGAAGAGAAACAAGAAAAGGAGGUGGAUAUGUACGCCAACCUAUCGGAUGAAAAGGCUUUCGUGUUUUCAGUGGCCCUAGCAGAAAUUAACAGAAAAAUCAUCAAUCAGAGACUUAUACUAUGACCUACCUCUGACCGCGGGACGGGGGAUAACACUGCUGACGUUCAUGCAGAGUCCUCUGUGUACAGAACUGUUAUUUGGCCAUCAGAGAUAUUCUAAAAGAUCGGCCCCUGCACUAAAGACCGUUUUCUACCAAGUGAUACCGCAAUAUCAUAAUGCUUUAGAUUUUUUUUUUUCUUUUUUUUUUUUUUUUAGUUUACGUUAUAAGUUAGAAAAUAUGGUAAUUUUAAUCCUUUUUUUUUUUUUUUUUUUUUUUUUUUUAAGAACAGGGGGUAAAUUUACUAUGAUGGUAGUUUUAUUUAAGAUGGGAUGUUGCCCAUAGCAACCAAUCAGAUUCUACUUCUCAUUUAUUUAGCACCUUCUAGAAGAUAAUACCUGGAAUCUGAUUAGUUGCUAUGGGCAACAUCACAUCUUAAAUAGAACUCCCAUCUUAGUAAGUUUACCCCCAGGAGUGAAUCCGGCUGGCAGCUGGACUUGUGUAUUUAAAUGCUUGAUAUAAAAAAAUAUAUAUAUAUAUAUAUUGCAAUUUUAUAAUUUAAAAUAAAUAGAGAUUGACAAAUGUACAGUUUAUAUAACCUUUAUAUAUUAAAUGGAUGCCGCCAUCAGAA